AUGCUUGAAAUCCAAGGCUACUUAGUAUUAUUUCUCUUAUGGUUCAUUUCAACAAUUUUCAUUAAAUCAAUUAUUUUCAAAAAAUCCGUGUGUUAUAAACUACCACCUGGUCCUCCAAUUUCGGUACCAUUCUUAGGUCAUGCACCUUAUCUUAGAUCACUCCUUCAUCAAGCACUUUACAAACUCUCAAUUCGUUAUGGACCUUUAAUGCAUAUUAUGCUUGGUUCAAAACAUGUCAUAGUUGCAUCAUCAGCUGAAAGUGCUAAAAAUAUUUUAAAAACUUAUGAAGAAUCAUUUUGCAACCGACCUAUUAUGAUUGCAAGUGAGAGUUUAACCUAUGGUGCUGCUGAUUAUUUUUUCAUACCUUAUGGAAAUUAUUGGAGGUUCCUUAAGAAGCUCUGUAUGACAGAGCUUCUUAGUGGAAAAACUCUUGAACAUUUUGUUAGUAUUCGUGAGGAUGAAAUUAAAGCAUUUUUGAAUACCCUUUUGGAGAUAUCUAAAAGUGGUAAAAAAAUUGAAAUGAGACAAGAACUUAUAAGACACACAAAUAAUAUAAUUUCUAGAAUGACAAUGGGAAAAAAGAGUAAUGGGAUGGGUGAUGAAGUUGGGAAAUUGAGAAAGUUAGUUAGGGAAAUUGGUGAACUUCUUGGUGCAUUUAAUUUGGGUGAUAUAAUUGAGUUUAUGAGACCUUUAGAUUUACAAGGAUUUGGGAAGAGGAAUAGAAAUGCACAUCAUAACAUGGAUGAAAUGAUGGAGAAAGUGUUGAAGGAGCAUGAAGAGGUUAGAGCAAAAGAGGGUGUUGAUAGUGAUAGGAAAAAGGAUUUGUUUGAUAUUUUGUUGAACUUGAUUGAAGCUGAUAGUAAACUCACUAGAGAAAGUGCUAAAGCUUUUGCUCUGGACAUGUUUAUUGCAGGAACAAAUGGACCAGCAAGUGUGUUAGAAUGGGCACUAGCAGAGCUCAUAAGAAAUCCACAAGUUUUCAAAAAAGCAAGAGAAGAAAUUGACUCAGUUGUUGGCAAAGAAAGGCUUGUUAAAGAAUCAGACAUACCAAAUUUACCUUAUCUCCAAGCAGUAGUGAAAGAAACUCUUAGACUUCACCCACCAACACCAAUAUUUGCAAGAGAAGCUAUAAGAAGUUGCCAAGUGGAUGGCUAUGAUAUUCCAGAACAUUCCAAGAUUUUCAUCAAUGCUUGGGCUAUUGGUAGGGAUCCAAACUAUUGGGACAAUCCACUAGUCUAUGACCCUGAAAGAUUCUUACUAAGUGAUGAUCCUAGCAAGAGUAAAAUUGAUGUUAGGGGACAAUAUUACCAACUUUUGCCAUUUGGGAGUGGGAGAAGAAGUUGUCCUGGUGCUUCACUUGCUUUGCUUGUUAUCCAAGCAACACUUGCUAGUUUGGUACAAUGUUAUGAUUGGGUUGUGAAUGAUGGUAAGAGUAAUGAGAUAGAUAUGUCUGAGGUUGGAAGGGUUACUGUGUUUUUGGCUAAACCACUCAAGUGUAAGCCUGUUCCACAUUUUGUUCCAUUCUCUGCCUGA